AUGUCAGCGGCAUCAGAAAAAUUUCAUUUUAUUUUUAGUCAUGAACUUGAAGAUCGUAUUCAAAUAAAAAUUGCUUCCGUUGAUGGUGAACGGACGCAACAACAACAGCAACAACAAUCACAGCAACCUAUUAAUGAUAUAUUCUUUUCUAAUAAUUCAUCAUUUAUACGUAAUUUAAGUGAUACAAAACGUAGUGAACCUUAUGUUCUUUGUCAAAUUUUUUCGGAUGGACAAUCACUUUGUAUGCCUGUUCAAACAUCAUUUAAAUCAUUUACUGAUAAAUGGAAUUGGAAUGAAUGGUUAACAUUACCAUUAAGAUAUUGUGAUUUACCACGACAUGCAAUACUUGCAUUAUCAAUUCAUGAAAUAAUUUCACCAACACAAGUUCGUAUUAUUGGAAGUACAACAAUAUCAUUGUUUGAUUCUGAUGGAACAUUUCGACAAGGAAUUUAUGAUUUAAAAGUUUGGCCAAAUGUACCACCAGAUGUUAAAUUUAAUUCUUCAACACCUGGAAAAAUUGAACCUAUAUCAAAUCAUGAACAAAUUCUUAGUAAUCAUACUAAUCAAAAGAUAAAACCAGUAGCUUCAGUACCAACUAUAACAACAGCUAAUCUUCAAUAUAAUCGCAAACAGAUAACAUCUAAACCUUUGAAUAUUACAUGGAAUGAUGAUAGUGCAUAUCCAAUGUUGGAUGAAUUAAGUCGAAUGGCAAAAUUAAUCAAAACACAAUGUGAUGGUCAUACAAUAAAUCAAGAAUGGCUUGAUCAAUUAACAUUGGCUAAAACACGAACAUGUUUAGAUAAAGAACGUUCAAAUUCAAAAUCAAUGUUAUUAAUGAUUGAAUUUGCACGAACAACGAUUAAUAAUAAUGAAUGUAUUGUACUCUAUUUUGAACCGACAUGUAAUGAUGUACUCAAUUAUCCAAUUGGUUAUACUGACCUUGUUGUUUAUGAUCCUGAACUUGACCUUGAAAAUAUUGUUGAAAGUAAACAUCUAAAAUUAUCACGUAGUGCCCGUAAAGCAUUAGAUAAAGAUUUAAAGCCGACUAUUGAACAACGAGAUAAACUUAUGCAAAUAUUAGCUUAUCCACCGGGACAAUAUCUUGGUGAUGAUGAACAAGAUUUAGUAUGGAAAUAUAGAUUUUUUUUAUCACAACAUAAAAAAGCACUUGCUAAAUUUCUUCAAUGUGUUCAUUGGGAUAAAGAAGAAGAAGUUAAACAAGCAUUAAAUUUAUUAGAACAAUGGGUUACUAUGGAUACAGAAGAUGCACUUGAAUUACUUGGUCCUACUUAUCAUCAUCCAAAAGUUCGUUCAUAUGCAGUAUCAAGACUGCGACAAGCACCAGAUGAAGAUCUUCUUCUAUAUCUUUUACAAUUAGUACAAGCUCUUCGAUAUGAACGUUAUGAUUUAAAUAAUAUUUCUAUGAUGGAUUCUGUAACAGAUGAACAAACUAAUUCCAAUGAUACUUAUGAAAAUUUUGCUAAUGCUAUUGGACAAUCAGAUUCAACAUGCAGUGAUCCAACAAAAACUUCUUCAUCAGAAGUUGAUUUAUCAACAUUUCUUAUUCAACGUGCAUGUGAAAAACCGGUCAUAGCAAAUUAUUUAUUUUGGUAUGCUUAUGUUGAAUGUGAAAAUAAUAGUUCAGCAAAAGAUAAAGCUAUUAGUGAUAUAUUUCAAGCAUUUGUUAAACGACUUAGUAUGACACUUAAAACGGUAAAUGAACAAACUCAACAAGUACGUUUAUCAAUAGAAGCACAAAAAAAAUUUGUUGAUAAACUUGUUGAAUUAACAAAUAUUGUUAAACGUAUACAAGGUUCAGCUAAAUUUAAAGAAGAUAAACUUCGUAGUUUGUUAUUAGCUGGUGAUGAUUCACCAGUUAAAUUUAAUUUUCUUAAUUUUGAUCCAAUACCUUUACCACUUGAUCCUGAAACUAAAAUUCGACGAAUUAAUCCUGAUAAAAUUAAAAUAUUCAAAAGUGCUAAAUUACCAUUUCUAUUCGUUUGUGAAGCAUUAGAUGGUACAGAAUAUCCAUUUAUAUUUAAAAAUGGAGAUGAUCUUCGACAAGAUCAACUUAUAUUACAAAUAAUUAUGUUAAUGGAUCGAAUUCUACGAAAAGAAAAUAUUGAUUUAAAAUUAACACCAUAUAAAGUUUUAUCAACAGGUUUAAAAUAUGGUUUCGUACAAUUUAUCGAUUCUCAACCAUUACGAAAAGUACUUGAACGUAAUCGUACUAUUCGACAAUAUCUACAAAGUAAAGCACCAAUUACAAAUAGUGAUGAUACAACUCAGAAUGAAAUUGGUAUUCCUCAUGAUGUUAUGGAUGCUUAUGUUAAAAGUUGUGCCGGAUACUGUGUAGUGACGUAUCUAUUAGGUAUAGGAGAUCGACAUCUAGAUAAUUUAUUAUUACGAGAUUCUGGUCAAUUAUUUCAUAUUGAUUUUGGUUUUAUAAUGGGUCGUGAUCCAAAACCAUUACCACAAGCAAUGCGUGUUUCAAAAGAUAUGAUGGAAAUGUUAGAUGACGAACGAUUUCUUGACUUUUUACGUCAUUGUUUUACAGCUUUUAUUAUUCUUCGAAAACAUGCAAAUGUAUUUGCUAAUUUAUUUUCACUUAUGCUUGAUGCUAACAUACCCGAUAUAGCAUUAGAACGUGAUAAAACAGUUAAAAAAUUACUUGAUAAAUUUCGUCUUGAUCUUGAUGAUGAAAAAGCCAUAAGUUAUUUAAAAGAUUUAAUUGAUUCGAGUAUUGGUGCCAUUGUACCACAAGUUUAUGAUUAUUUUCAUAAUUUAUUACUCGCUUUCCGUUGA